AUGUUGAAAGGAAAAAAAAGAGAUGUGCUAAUUUUAGAUGAUGUGUGGAAGGAAAUAUCUAUAGAGGAAGUUGGAAUCCCCAAACCAACUGUAAUGGAUGGAUGCAAAUUGGUUUUAACAACCCGUUCUAUGGAGGUGGCUCCAUCCAAGGGUUGUGAGGAAAUCAAAGUUGAGCCACUGUCAGAAAUGGAGGCAUUCGAUUUAUUCUUGAACAAAGUUGGAUCUAAGCUUUUGGAUAUUCCCACUUUACAAUCAACUUUGAAACAAACUGUGAAGCAAUGUGAUGGUUUGCCUCUAGCGAUUGUUACGCUGGCCAGCACCAUGAAAGGAGAGUGUGAUGUUCAUAUAUGGGAGAAUGCAUUAAAUGAAUUGAAAGCAUGUAUAGCAAGUGUUGAGAAUAUGGUAGAGAAGGUACUUGAACGUUUGAAAUUUAGUUACGAUCGUUUGAGAGAUCCAAAAAUCAAACAUUGCUUCUUAUAUUGUGCUUUAUAUCCUGAAGAUUUUGCAAUUGACAAAGAGGAGUUGAUAGAACAUUGGAUUGUUGAAGGAUUUAUCGAUGAAUUGUAG